AUGGAUUCCAAGCGGAUCUCUUCAUCCUCUCAGCAGCACAGCCGACUCAGGAAAAAGCGGACAAAGAGAGAAUGGAGACCGCUGGAGGACCGCAGCUGCACCGACCUGCCCUGGUUCCUGCUCUUCACCGUCUUCUGCGUCGGCAUGGGCAGCAUCUGUGGCUUCACCAUCGUCACUGGUGGCGCCGCUCGCCUCGUCUUCGGGUACGACAGCUACGGCAACACCUGCGGCCGACGUAACGAGAGGAUCGAAGGCGUGCAGCUCAGCGGGCUUGACCACACCGACAGGAAGUACGUGUUCUUCCUGGAUCCCUGCAACAUCGACAUCGUCCAGAGGAAGAUCAAGUCCAUGGCUCUGUGCGUGUCUCUGUGUCCCACCGAGGAGCUGAAGACCUACCAGGACCUGAAGAGCUUCGCCAUGACCAAUGGCUCUGAGCUCUGCUCCUACGAGUUGCCGGCCCACAAAUAUCCGGCUCUACCUGAGAGGUUGUCCAGGUGUCCGAAGCUUCCCGUCCCUCGCAGCAAGCCUCUGCCGCUCUUCAACCGCUGCACGCCGGUGGACGUCUCCUGCUACGCCAAGUUCGCCGAGGCGGUGGUGACGUUUGUGGGGGACAGCAGCGUCCUGCACCGACUCAUCGCCGGCGUCGCAGCCAGCAAGGAGAUCAUCAUUGGUCUCUGCGUCCUCGCUCUGGCUCUCUCCAUGAUCCUCAUGGUGAUCAUCCGCUACAUCUCUGCCGUCCUGGUGUGGAUCCUCACCUCGCUGGUGGUCCUGGGGUCCCUGGCGGGGACGGGCGUCCUCUGGUGGCUCUACAUCGACCACCGGCUCUACGGCAACGACACGUCCUCCAAGGUGCUGAAGGAUGUGAAGGAGGAGGCCGGGGAGGAGCUGAGGGACGGCGGUCAGGCGCUGCUGGUCUACGCCGCCUCGGUCACGGUCUUCACCAUCAUCCUCCUGCUGCUGAUGCUCUUCAUGAGGAAGCGAGUGGCGCUCACCAUCGCGCUGUUCCACGUGGCAGGAAAGGUCUUCAUCCACCUCCCCCUGCUCACCCUGCAGCCCUUCGUCACCUUCCUCGCCCUCCUCCUCUUCUGGGUCUACUGGGUCCUGGUUCUGCUCUUCCUCGGAACCACAGGGAACCCGGAGCAGAACGAGGAGACGGGCCUGACAGAGUUCCGGCUGACGGGCUCCCUGCAGUACCUGACCUGGUACCACGCUGUGGGUCUGGUCUGGAUCAGCGAGUUCAUCCUGGCCUGUCAGCAGAUGACCGUGGCCGGAGCCGUGGUCACCUACUACUUCACCAGGGACAAGAACCGGCUCCCGGUGACCCCGAUCCUGUCCUCGGUUCUGAGGCUGGUCCGGUACCAUCUGGGUACGGUCGCUAAGGGAUCCUUCAUCAUCACGCUGGUGAAGAUCCCCCGACUCAUCCUCAUGUACGUCCACAACCAGCUGAAAGGAAGGGAGAACGUGUGCGCUCGCUGUCUGCUGAAAUCCUGCAUCUGCUGUCUGUGGUGUUUGGAGAAGUGCCUCAACUAUCUCAAUCAGAAUGCAUAUGCGGCCACGGCCAUCAACAGCACCAGUUUCUGCACGUCUGCGCGCGACGCCUUCGUCAUCCUGGUGGAGAACGCUCUGCGCGUCGCCACCAUCAACGCCGUCGGAGACUUCGUGCUCUUCCUGGGGAAGGUUCUGAUCAUGACGUGCACGGCGUUCGCCGGCGUCCUGCUGCUGAACUACCAGCGGGACUACGCCGAGUGGCUGCUGCCGCUCAUCAUCGUCUGUCUCUUCUCCUUCCUGGUGGCCCACUGCUUCCUGUCCAUCUUUGAGAUCGUGGUGGACGUCCUCUUCCUCUGCUUCGCCAUCGACACCAAGUACAACGACGGCACCCCAGGGAAGGAGUUCUUCAUGGAUAAAGCUCUCAUGGAGUUCGUGGAGAGCAGCCGGCGCCUGGAGCGUGCGGGGGGACGUGGGCGGAGCCGGGUGAAAGAGGCGACGUCGGAGGGGGCGGAGAUGAAGCCCAUGGCUCCAGGGACAAGUUCAGCUUGACCAAAAUCAGCCGCUGGGACUUGUUAAAGAGACAUUCCAGAUGUUUAUUUUUACCAACGUGUAACAUGUUUACUAUGGUUUCACUCCAGGGAAAACAAUAUUUUAAUAAGAAACUGGAAAACAACGUAACAAUGUAAUGAAGCACUUUAUCUGGAAGCGCUGCAGAUUUUAAACCGGCUGAUGCAUUUUUUCGUAGUGAUGUCCUUUUUUAUGAGACUCACCGCUCAGUUCCUAACGCCGUCCGGACACUUUUCCUAACCUGUCUGUUCUGUGGGCGGAGCUGACUCCUCACCUGGACUCCAUCUAAGGGGCGGGGCCUGUGGACAGGUAGAGCAGCAGCUGAUUAUGCCCUCAGAGAGUGGAGGCUGGGGCCAUGGAAAUGAGGCGUAGUGGUCACUGGAUCAGGAAUCUGAUUGGCUCAUGUGACCAAUGAGGAAGUCUUCUUCUACACAGGAAAGCGGGGGUGGGGCUUCUCGUGGUGGGACACCUGUAUCCUCCUCCCUGAGUUUCCUGCUAAUCCAGACAAAAGGAAGGUCUGUGGGCGGAGCCUCCUGCAGCGGCGGCAGCUGAGUUCAGACGGUCAGCAAUAACACCGGAACGAGUCUUCCUGCUUCUGUUCAUCCCUUCAGAACGAGGCGGCCCAUCAGAACCCAGUGUGACCCUGCAGGUCUCCGGAGCGAGGGGGGGUCUGCCCCGAGCUGUUAGACGUUGUUAGACUGUAGCAUCAAACUGUAACGGCCUGAAAUCUCUUUCAGAAAUACGUUCACCUCCGACGUCACCCUGAGUCCUAACACCCGGCCGGCUCAGCCAGCUGGUUGGUUCUCCUCACACUGGGAGGGAAUCGGAUCGUCAACUCAGUCAGAACCAAGAACCGCUCUGAAAUCAACUCCUUGGGUUAAUACGAACCUUACCGGUGGAUGUGCUGACCCGUUUCUGCGACCUUUCCCAUCAUGCACCUCUAUCACAGCAGAGGACCAGGGAGCCUGAAGGGGGCGCUGUUCCCAGAGUCCGGUUUGCGGAUGGAUGCGGGUAGCCGAGCCGCGCAUGUCGACUAAUUGCACUAAAGAUGGAGUUCCUGCAACACUGAAGUCAGACUAACAGAGCUGUUGAGUUUUAGAUGUGUUUGUAGCUCAGAAAUUAAUUCACUUCAUGUUGAAAAACUGGGAAAGAUGAAUCCUGCUGCUCCGGCGGGUUUAUUUCUGGUCAUGUGACUGCUGUUGCCGGGCAGAUUAGCUGCAGGGGCUGAGGCGUUUCACUCCAACAUCAACAUGAAGGGAUGAGGAGGAAAAAGGGCUUUGGGUGGAAAAGUCAUCACCACAGGGUUUCUAUGCAGGAUUAAAGAAGUUUGAAAGAAAAAAGGAGAAAUUUUACAUUUCCACAUUCUAUGCUUUGAUCUAAAAUAUAAUGAUCUCAAUAUUCUAAAGGAAUUUAAACUCACAUUCAUAUCUAAAUAAAGAUGUUUCUCUUUUGAUGGUUUCUGACCCGCAGAGAGAUCCAUAAGGACCUGUUUCUGCUCUUCAGGCCUGCAGGGUUAAACUGGGGCUUUAGAUGCCAAAUGAACUGUUAAUCUGCUAUUUGAUGAAUAUUUAUACAACACAGUACUAGAUUUAUUGUUAGAUAAUCUCCUGAUUUGAUCAAACGUCAGACGCCAGCUUCUUCAGUACAGAUAAAACCCAACAUGGAAGAAGCUUCCUGCUCAGAUGAUUUACAAGCUGCAAAAUCAUGGAAGCUUGAAAAUAGGAACCCUGUCAGGAUCAAAGAUCAGCUCAGAAAAAGUUUCUAAACUCUCUGGGAGAAUCGGGCUGAAAACGGUCUUCUGGAUUAGGGAUCCUGUUUCUGUUGGAGGAAAACUCCUCAUCCAACCAAUCAGAGCACAUAGCACAGGCUCCUCCCACUGAAGGUAAGUGAGGGUCGGAGAGGUUCUGGUCAGGUUCUGAUCCAGAGCCAAUCAGCUCUCAGGUUGAUUUCAGAGUGAAGUCUGAAACAUCUGCAGAGCUUCCUGUCCAGAUGUUCCUGCAGAUGUUCCUGAAACCUCCCUCUGAAAUCCAAACCUUAGCGAGAGUUCCUGCCCUGAGAUCUGCGGCCGGAGCGUCUCCGACUCUUCACCGCCAUGUUUCUGCGACUGUUUGCAGCUGAUGCAUGUCCAUGUCCUGCAGCCUGGUUCCUGCUGCUGGACUCAGCCAGAGUUUGACCGCCAGGUGUGACACUAGUGUUUAGCUUUUCUCUGCAGUAACCAGUCGUUUGUAACACUGAAGAACUUUGCUUUGGUUCUCCGUUGGUUUUUAUAUCAUUUCUUAUGUAUCUUUGUUUUAUAAGAAAAUAAUUAAAAGCAGAAUUUCAGUC